AUGCUAGGUUCUAAACCUAUUCCGUUUCCUAUUGAACAAAAUUUGAAACUUGAUCACUGUGAGAAUGAAGAUAAGGUUGAUGCAAGCAAAUUUUGUCGGCUUAUUGGACGCUUGUUGUAUCUACAAGCCAUGCAAACUGAUAUUACAUACUCGGUUAAUGUUUUGAGCCAAUUUGUUGUCGAUCCUCGAUGUAGUCACUUGGACUCUUUACACCGCGUGCUACGAUACUUAAAAGGCACAGUUGGACAAGGUGUUCUUUUACCGAAAAGUGGAGAUUACGUGUUGACAACAUUUUCUGAUUUUGAUUGGCUAGGGUGUCCAUACACGCGUCGCUCCAUGACCGGUUAUUUGAUCGUGUUUGGUGGUGCUUCGGUUUCUUGGAAAACUAAGAAACAAUCGAUGGUCUCACGAUCUUCAGCUGAGGCAGAAUACCGGGCGAUGGCUUCGACAGUUAGCGAGAUUAUUUGGAUUCAUUGGUUGCUUCGAGAUUUACAAGUUGGUGUGGAUGGACCUACUACUCUUUUUAACAUGACAACCAAGCCGCCAGAUACAUCGCGAACAAUCCCGUUUUUCAUGAAUGCACGAAGCAUGUUGAAAUGGAUUGUUUUUUUGUUCGUGAACGAGUAUUUCAAAGGAGAUUAUGCCCAUGCAAAUUAA